CGAGUUCCAGGGCAGGAAGAGAAAGGAGUUUGAAGACUAUGUGCGCCGGAAUCGCAUCAACAUGAACAACUGGAUGCGUUAUGCUUCCUGGGAGCUGGAGCAGAAGGAGUUCAGGCGUGCGCGAUCCAUCUUCGAGCGCGCCCUGGAUGUCGACUCGACGUCUGUCGCGUUAUGGCUUCGGUACAUUGAUUCGGAGAUGAAGCACAGAAACAUCCAGCAUGCGCGCAACCUCCUAGACCGCGCCGUCACCAUUCUUCCACGGGUCGACAAGAUCUGGUACAAGUAUGUCUACAUGGAGGAGACCCUCGGGAACAUUGAUGGUGCAAGAUCAGUCUUCGAGCGCUGGAUGCAGUGGGAGCCGGAUGAGGCAGCCUGGAGCUCGUACAUCAAGUUGGAAAAGAGACAUGGAGAGUUUGAGAGAUGCCGUGCGAUUUUCGAGAGGUUCACUGUUGUCCACCCAGAACCAAAGAAUUGGAUCAAGUGGGCCAAGUUUGAAGAAGAGCAUGGUACGAGCGACCUGGUGCGCGAUGUCUACGGAACUGCCGUCACCACGCUCGGCGAUGACUUUAUGGACGAAAAGCUCUUCAUGGCAUAUGCCAAGUUUGAAGCCAGGCUCAAGGAGCUGGAGCGAGCCCGAGCCAUUUACAAGUUUGCCCUCGACCGCAUGCCACGGUCCAAAUCAGUCAACCUUCACAAGGCUUUCACAACUUUUGAGAAGCAAUACGGAGACCGGGAUGGCAUCGAGGACGUUGUCCUGUCGAAGCGACGAGUGCAUUACGAAGAACAAAUCAAAGAAAACCCCAAGAACUACGAUGCAUGGAUCGACUUUGCGCGGCUGGAAGAGACGUCUGGCAACCAAGACCGAGUUCGCGACAUUUACGAGCGAGCGAUUGCGCAAAUACCCCCCACACAAGAGAAGCGACACUGGAGGAGAUACAUCUACCUAUGGCUAUUCUACGCGGUUUACGAAGAGACCGUCUCACAAGACAUUGAGCGGACACGUCAGAUAUACCAGGAGUGUAUCCGCUUGCUUCCACACAAACGCUUUACCUUUGCCAAGGUCUGGCUAAUGUUUGCCCAUUUUGAGGUGCGGCAAGGCCAGCUUACCACAGCACGCAAGCUCCUGGGUCAAAGUUUGGGCAUGUGCCCAAAAGAUAAACUUUUCAGAGGAUACAUUGAGCUCGAAAUGAAGCUCUUUGAAUUCAACCGCUGCCGACAGCUCUACACCAAGUACAUUGAGUGGAACGGAUCGAAUUGCCAAACUUGGAUAAAGUUUGCCGAGCUGGAACGUGGUCUUGAUGACCUCGACCGUGCGCGGGCUAUUUUUGAGCUUGCCGUUGAGGAGCCACAAUUGGACAUGCCUGAGCUCCUCUGGAAAGCGUAUAUUGACUUUGAAGAGGGCGAGGGCGAGUACGAUCGCACACGCGCACUUUACGAGCGUCUCCUGCAAAAGACCGAUCACGUCAAGGUAUGGACUUCAUGGGCUCAGUUCGAACUCGGAGUUCCCGACGAGUCAGCACCCGAAGACGACGAAACUGUCAGCGAUGCUGCCAAGGCUCGCGCGCGCGAAGUCUUUACGCGUGCUCAUGCACGUCUCAAGGAACGCGACCUCAAGGAAGACCGCGUGGCUCUGCUUAGCGCUUGGAAGUCCUUUGAAGACGUCCACGGCAGCUCAGAAGACAAGGAGAAGAUUGAGAAGCAAAUGCCACGCAAGGUUAAGAAGAGGAGAAAGCUGGACGACGAUAGCUUCGAGGAGUAUGUCGACUACGUAUUCCCUGCCGACGAUGAGAGCGCGGCGAAAUUGGCAAAACUCAUGGCGAAUGCACAAAAAUGGAAAAUGGCACAGGCUGCACAGGCAGCGAGCAAGGAGAAGGAGGAGAGCACAAACGCAAAUGGCGAGUAGAGCAUAUGUGUCACAUACGAGCAGGCAUGCUUAUAGGAUGCAUGGUACCGGUGUUGCGUCAGCAGACGACUAUACACUAUAAUCGGAUUGCCCAUGUCUCCUUCCUAUUAUGUCUAGAUGCUGUAUCGCUAAAAUG